UUUAUAUUUUUAUUUUUCAAAUAUUUCAUUUCAGAUGAUCAAUAAAAUAUUUUAAAUAAUAUCCAGAGAUAUUUCGGUUUCUGAUUCCCUGAUUUUUCACUAUUUUUCAAUAUAUAACUCUUGCAUUUCAGAUCAUCCCAAAUUUAACAAUAAUUGUUGUGAUUUUAAGGAAAUAUGAUAUUUUAUCUUUUAUAACACAGCUUAACCUAAAACAAUGAGUUCUAAUUUAACAGAUCCAUUGGUAUUACUCGACACCUCAAGGCCGUUUGACGAGGCCAUGGUUCCCCUGCUGGAUUCCGUAAUAAUAUCCAUGUUUGACGGAACCAGUGUCGAAAACAGAGAAACGGCGCAUAGAAUUUUAGAGCAGUUUAAGAAACUACCAGACUCGUGGAAACAUGUAGCCUUGAUUUUGGCCAAAUCGAGCAAUUCUAACACUAAAUUCUACGCACUGCAAGUCUUAGAAAUAUGUAUUGAAACCAGAUGGAAUAUACUGCCGGAUACGGAACGGGCGGGGAUUAAGCAGUACGUGUCUGAACUGGUAAUUAAGUUAUGUAUGGACGAAGAAGUAUGCCGGAAUGAACGCCACUUUCUCACCAAAGUUAACGAGUGUUUAAUACAAAUAGUAAAGAGAGAAUGGCCAGAUAGAUGGCCGAACUUCAUUUCAGAGAUUUGCAAGGCAUCGCAGGUUUCACAGAACAUUUGCGAGAAUAAUAUGCGACUCCUGAACAUGCUAAGUGAGGAGAUCUUCGACUUUGGGGAAGAUUCAAUGCAAAGUAAGAGAGUCCAAAAAUUAGUCUCGAGAAUGACCUCGGAAUUUAGAGAAAUCUUCGAGCUUUGCAUAUUCGUACUCAAUAGCUUCAUUUCAAACCCGAACAUGGUUAAUAACACGCUUGUCAAGCAGACACUCGUGUGCUUAUCACAUUUCCUUAAAUGGAUCCCAUACGGGUACAUUUUCGAAUCUUACCCUCACGGAGAAGGCUCGGUGGUUUUGCUCGACUUACUGCUGGACCACUUCUGGGACCCAAUGACCUACAGAGUUGAGUGCACAAAAUGCUUAAAUGAAGUGGCAUCGCUAACGCUGACGAAUAACGAGCUUCAGACGUUUUCACAUCGGAUAAUGUCACUGUGGCCUAAGGUUGUUCAGAAAGUGUCAACACUGCCGCCAGAGUCGUUCCAGUACGACAACGCAAAGAUUCCGCCCUCAAUGCUCCUGUUCUGGGAGACCUUUUACACACAAUUGACGCUGUUUUUGACCAAUUUGCUCAAAAACUUUAGGGAGAGCGUGUUGGAGAAGAUCCCAAACAGCAGAGACUCGCUGUUGUUUGUGCUGGAGAAGUUGGUAAUUAUCACCACAAUCAACCACGAGGAAACUUUUAAGAUUGCGCUGGAUUUCUGGCAUCAUUUCUCAAAUCAGCUGCUGAGGGAACUUAAGGAGUAUGAGAGGAGAAAUUUGCCAAUUAGAGACACCAACGACCCGAACUACAUGGUCAUCAACGCCAUGAACCAAAUUGACCUGAACUCGUCGGCAGAGCUGGUGAGACUCAGACUGUAUAAACCGAUUUUAAUACAAGUCCAGAAGGUAAUGAUAAAUCGCAUGGCAAAGCCGCAGGAGGUUUAUAUAAUGUACGACGCGGACUCUGGGGAAGUCGUGAGAGAGUAUAACCCAAACACUGCGGAAAUUGCACUAUACAAUAAAAUGAAAAAUACGCAAAUCAUACUAACGACAAUGUUACAGGAGGAUUCUGAAAACAUCAUGAAGGCGUUUUUAGACAAUGAGAUGGAACACGCAAAUAUCGGCGGAAACGAGCCCUGGGAUCCAACUACACUGAACAGGCUCUGUUACUCAGUGGGAUCAAUCACGGGAAGUAUGGAAGAGGCGGUUGAAAAGCGGUUUCUAGUCGUGGUCAUCAAGUGCCUAUUGAACAUUUGUGAGAUAAAAAAUGAAAUCUCAAGCAAGGCGAUUGUGGCCUCGAAUAUAAUGUAUGUCGUCGGCCAGUACCCAAGCUUUUUAAAAACUAACUGGCGGUUCUUGAACACAGUGUUGAAUAAGUUAUUUGAGUUCAUGAGGGAGACAUUCCCAGGAGUACAGCAAAUGGCAUGCGAGACCUUUUUAAAAAUAACAAACAGUUGUAGAAAAGUCAUAGGAAGCCAGUCAGUAGACGGGAGAUUAUACGUGGACGAGUUAAUAUCAACAGUUGGAAAUCUGGAAACUGUCCUAGACGAUAAAUUGAUCUUAUACUACUAUGAGUCGGUGGGAAACGUGAUUAGCACGUUGGAGCAGAAUCUGAAAGUGGCGAAAAUUGAAAGCUUAAUGGAGCUGGCUAAUAACAGACUCUUCCAAAUCUGUACCAAGUUUUUAAUUGGAGUCACGGCGCAGAUGGUGGACAAUAUGGAAAAGUUCAAGGCGUAUAUUGACAGAUACGGCGAAGAUCUCUUUGGCGUAGAAGUCGCAAGGACAAUAAUACAAAUACUGAGAAUAAAUAACAGAGUCUGCAAAGCGGUGGGAUUUGCAUUUACAAAGCAGUUCAACAAGAUAUUCAGCACACUGAUGGUGCUGUAUCACCUCUACAGCAAGUACAUACAAAUCAGUGUUUCCACAGGAGGAACUCAAACCAUAAAACAUCUCGCGGUGAACACGCUAUUCUUAGCCAGAAGAGCGAUAAUUCACUUAUCUGAGACUUACAUAUCAAAUGUGCCCAACAAGUUAAACCAGACAAACACGCAGUAUACGGGACUAAGUUCAAAUGUGAAUAGGAGCAGGUAUCGCACACAGGACCAGAAUAGAACCUCUGCAGUGACAUACAAUGCGGAGGACAGCUACUGUUACUUUAUUGAGGAUAAAUCUGAGAAAAAAGAUGCCGGGAAGAAGUUCAACUUCUUCAAGUUCGGACCAAAUGGGACACAGGAACUAACAAUGGACGGGUGUAACCAGACAGACUCAACUGAAUCAAGUGCUGAGUUUGCUGGACAAGGGAAUUGGUUUGAUAAUGAGAUGAUUGUGACACUGUUGGACAACUUGGUAGUGGUGAUGAUGGGCGACUACAGGGAUUCAGUUUUCGAGACACGCGACUACGAGAUACUCUCAUUAAGCACAAAGAUCAUUGAACGGCUGGCCUCAAACUAUUCCUCAGUCCUGGUACAAAUUUUUAACUACGUGUUCGACACGAGUUUGGACAUGGUGAAGAUGGACUUUCACGCAUACCCAGACCACAGGGAAUAUUUUUACGAAAUGCUCCACAAGGCAACCAAGUGCUCAUUUGACUCCGUACUCCUACUCCCAAAUGAAAGACUAAGAGAUUUCGUCAUGUCACUCGUAUGGGCAUUCAAACACGAACACCCGUCAAUCGCAGACCGAGGACUACUCAUCACACUAGAAUUCAUGAAAAAUAUCAUCUCAAAAGGUUCGGUGGUGUUGCAUCAAUUUUGUUUGACGUUUUAUUAUUUAUUGUUGACGGAGGUGUUGGGUGUGUUGACGGACACGUUGCAUAAGUCAGGUUUCAGGCUGCAGACUCAGAUUUUAAAGAUUUUAGUAAAAAUCGUGGCUAACGGUCUGGUGGAUGACCCGAGUAAGGAGUUAACGAAGCUCGGGGUUAUGAGGUUUCUGGUGGACCUGCUGACCAGGAGUUUCCAGUCGUUAAAUAAUAAACAAAUUGAGGCGUUUGUGGUUGAUUUGUUCAAUUACUCAGUGGAUACGACUGCGCCCUCAGGCAUGGGCGCAACGCAGUUCUUCGAAAGCGACUACAACUACGUCAACGUGUAUGAAAAUCCCACAAUCAGCGGAGUACUAAACACAAACGUAAAGGAGGAAAAGGAAAAAGACAAGGACAAGGACAUAAGGUUCCAAACACACGUUAGAGAUUUUCUACUCUCACUGAAGGAGUUUGCAGGAUGCACCGAGGAGUUCCAGGCAAUAUUCGAAAAGGACCGCGAUGAAGCCAUUGAAAGAGCCAGACAACUAGGAUACACAAACUCAAAUAAUAUCAUGUACACUAAAGAAGUUAACCUAAACUAAAUUCCACUCACAACAAUUGCUCUAACAAUUGUACUCAAUUGUGGUUUUAACAAUUAUUUUAACAAUUGGAAUUUUUAAAAUUAUGGUUUAACCGUUGGAAUUUUUAAAAUUAUGAUUUGUAAAGUUGUGAUUUUGAUGAUUUUAAACACUAAUUUAUACUUAUUUUA